AUGGCAAUGUGUAUCUACAAGUUGACUUACUUCUCACUCUCACACUACCCCCCUACCUCCAUUGCGAUAGUUGACAUUCUCACCACCCUUGUCACCACCAUCCUAGUUGUUGCCACCCAUCAUCCUAAUAUUAAUGCUGUUGUGGAGCUGCUAAGACAAGGUAUUACUGAAUUAGGUGUCGGGCCAUAUAUUGAAGAUAAAGGUACUGGUGAUUUGCGAUAUGUGCAGAUGGCGGUGACGACAUAUAAUACAUCUCUUCCUGCUGCUGAAAGAUACAUGAAUGGUUUACUUCUUAGUUUCUUUAACUCAUUUGGAAAGUUCAAAUUACAUUGGUUCAGAUACAAACUGAAUGCAUUAGCAAAUUUUCUAUGGAAAAAUGGUGGGCCACGGAGUAGGCUUCAUUUAAUUCACUCUGUGUGGGCCAACUUUCAGACCUCUACUAACAAUAUAAUUUUUGGGAAUAGAUGGAGACAUCUUCUUGGAGAAAGAGAUUUCUGGGAACAUGUUGGUGGAAUUGAUGUAUCCUUGGCACCGUGUAGUUUUGGCCAGGCAAACACAAGGGCUUUCGAUACCUUGCUGCGGAAGUUACAGAAAUAUGUUCCAUAUGAAUCUUCUGUUGCUGAUUUAUAUGCUGGAGCUGGGGUCAUUGGGUUGUCAUUAGCCGCCACAAGAAAGUGCAGAUCUGUUAAAUGCAUUGAGAUAAACAAAGAGUCGAAGGCAUCUUUUGAGAAGACCAUUGAACGUUUAUCUGCAACUGUUGACAGCAGUAUUACUUGGCAUCAUGCGGAUGCUUCAAAAGAUCCUUUUUUGUGGCUUGUGGGAUCAGAUGUUGUUGUCAUUGAUCCUCCUAGAAAAGGAUUAGAUGCAUCUCUUAUUGAUGCAUUGAAGAAUAUAUCAUCAGUCGAGCGUAAAGCCUUGUCAUCCUCUGAAAGCACAAACUCAUCCCAGGAAGAGAAAAGACCAUGGGUUUUACGUGCUAAAGAAGCUUCAGUCCAGAUUGGAAACAGACCAUCACCAGCUAACAUCCCUCAAUCAGUGCCACAAACCCUUGUUUAUAUAAGUUGUGGAUGGGAAAGUUUUAAAGAGGACUGCAAGUCAUUGUUGUCUAGUAAGGCAUGGUAUUUGGAAAAAGCUCAUGGUUUUAAUUUCUUUCCUGGUACCCAGAGCAUUGAAGUUCUAGCAGUGUUCAAGAGGGGCCCUCAGAAAAAGAAACCAGGAAAGAAAAAGAAAAAGCAGUUGAAAGGAGCAGUCAAACAUUAA